AUGGCUUUCAUAGUGCCGACAAAUCCCCAGCUCAUUGUACUUUCCAAAGAACAGUUACUUAACAAACGUGUCUGUGAAAAACAUUUUGAUGUAUUUCAGUUCGGCAAUGAAGGCAGAAGACUUCGAUACUCUUACCCGUCCUUGCUUACUGACAAUGAAAUAGCUCAUGGUGUGCCUCUGACUGCAACUGGAUGGGAUGUCACAACUGAACAUAAUUACUGUAAAGAGCAAAAUGAAGAUGAUUUCACAGAAGCUGUGUUAGUGGUUAGAAAGCCUGGAAGUGAUGUUACGAUUGAACACAAUUACUACAAAGAGCAAAAUGAUUGUUCCAAAUCAUCGGUAGAGAUUGGAUCGUCAGAUGUUGGAAAUUCUCAUGAACAGCCUUCAUGUUCAAAUUUUUCAACUGUUGCAACAGUUGUUGAAAAUAAAGGAAUUGAUUCUAAUACUAAUGUGGUGAAACAAAUGAUGCCAAAAGGUAGCACAUGUACAAAAAAGCAAACAGAAACAGAAAUCUAA